CUGUUUACAUCAGGUGGGGGUCCGUAUUCAGAUCAGCGGAGCGAGCGCUUGCGUGCGUGCGUGCGUGCGUGCGUGUGUCGCCUGCCACGACCCGGUGAUCUGGAUUGUUCUUUGUCAGCACACGUACGCGGCGGACCAAAAACAUGUCGCCGGCCGCCGCUUUCCACACGCAGCUCGCCUCCAUCAUGGAGGUGCUGGCCAACACGGCGGUGGCGGAGAUCUGCGAGCUCGUGGACAGCGGAUACUCGGUGCUGCAGCUGGAGAUCUCGCGGAGCCGUAAAGAGAACGAGGUGCUUCGGAGAAAGCUGCGGCUCAUGGAGCUCCGAGCCGCCCGCGCGACGGCCCUGCGAGCCGCGGCCACCGCCAGCGGCACCGCGCUGCUGCUCGCGAGCGGCCGCGCUCGAGCUCAGCUGCCGACCCAUCACCCGGGCAACGAGCCGAGGAGGAACGGAAGACCUCGAGUUGAGACAGCGCUGUCCAGAGUGUCGAACCAGGAGACCCUGCGGUGCGGGGACACCGAUCCGUCCUCGGAUUCAGGACAAGAUGCCGCGCAGGGGACGACUGCUACGGGUGAGUCGACCAAACUGACGACGGCAGUGAUCAAAGUGGAGGACGACGAUGAGUCCUGGUCCCAGUCUGAGCAGGACAAAGAGUUUUGUCCCGUUGUUGACGGACAGACGACUGAGACAGAAGCUCCGCCCCCACCGACCAAACAGGAAGCAGCGGAUGAAGACGGCGGUUCGACCCGGUCAUGGGUCAGCAGGGAGGUCAGCUCCACCUCCAUGUCCAUCCAAAAAACCAUGAACACCAGCCAGAGGUCAGAAACCAGCAGUUAUGACUGUCUGACGUAUGACCCGCAGCUCCAACAUGCCUCCCUCAGUACCCAGAAUCCUUUAGGCGAGGAUCCCGGCUGCUCAUACCUGUUGAACACCAGUGUGAGUGUUCCGGCUGCGUCUGAUUCCAGCAGCAGCAGCUUCCCUUUCACGGUCAGUGAGGCGAGUCAGUCUGCAGCAGAGCGCCCGCAGCCUGCAGGUUUCCAGAACAACCAGCAGAGGGCGGCGUUACCUGCAGACGAGCCGCAGCUUCCUGGGAGGAAAGAGAUGACGGAAAGACAAAAUGCGUUCAUCAGAAGGGACAGGUGGAGACAUCAGGAUGGUGUCAACAGCCGGGAGGACAGCGGGGGGAAGACGUUUGUGUGUAACUGCUGUGGUAAAACUCUGGCCUGCCUGAAGAACCUGAAGACCCACAUGAGGGUCCACACCGGCGAGAAGCCGUUCGUCUGCGUGCUCUGCGGCAAACGCUUCUCCGACUCCAGCAAUCUGAAGCGCCACCAGAGCGUCCACACCGGAGAGAAGCGCUACGGCUGCGUCCACUGCGGCAAACGCUUCGCCCAGUCAGGGUCCCUGAAGGUCCACAUGACUGUCCACACGGACUGCAAACAGUUCAGGUGUUCGUUCUGCGGCAAAACCUUUAUCUCCGGCAGCCACCUGAGGCGUCACAUCACCGUGCACGCCGGAGAGAAACGCUUCGCUCCAACUGUUCAGUGACAGAGGUGGAGUUACGGGAGUAUGGCGUAUGGCGUCUACAAAGGUCAGAGGUCACAUGUGUUAACAGUGAAUGGACUUGCAAGAGGUGGACUGAAUAGCGGACAGCCCGGCAGUGACGUGGUCACGGUUCAUAAAGUGAGACAGGAGCACUUCCUCUGCCAGCUUUUGUUUUCCCCUGAAAAAGUGAAAAGUCGCCUCAUGUCAUCGACUUUAGCUACGACUCAUCGGCUGACAGCUGUUCUUUUGUUAUGAGCCUUCUGUUAGAAACAUAUCACCAAAAAGACCAAGACAAGCUGGAUUACAAACUGGGCCAAGCAGGCAACAGGCCCAGGGGCCCCAGACCACCGGGGCCCCCAGACCGCCGGGGCCCCCAGACCGCCGGGGCCCACAGACCACCGGGGCCCACAGACCACCCGGGCCUCAGAAUCACAAAACCCAGAAAGUAUUGAUGAUUUACAAAUUUUUGAGUACAAAAUCAAGGCGCCCUGUGUGAACAUCUACAUAAGCUUUAUUAUUUGAGUUUCCACUGUGGUGGUGGGAAUAAAAUGGUGUUUAACUAAGUGACCACAGGCGGCCCGGAGCUAGGUUUCACUCCAGCAGAAGACAACCGUACAUGUUCAAUAUUGAGCUUUUCAGUAUUGAUUCUCUAUUGAUUAUUGUUCCAGUUAUGUGUUUAAGUGAACACUAUCAAAACACCAAGAUGUUCCAUUGAUUAUCAGAGAAGACAGCAGCAGUCCUCUCAAAUAUUUGCCCUUUUUUUUUGACCAAACAACCUCACUAUCUGAAUGGUUACUGAUUGAUUUUCUUUGUCAGCCCACUAAUCCAUUAAUGGACCGGAAGAGGAGGCGGGGUCAACAGGCUCUGUAACAAAAACCUCUUCAAAAUAAAAGUGGCUUCAAAAUAAAAGCAUAAGCGAUUUCAUCAAAUAAAAGAUAAGUGCAACUUAAAUUCUUACAAAUAAAAACAAAUAUGACAACAAUUACAGAUGUGAUGUGACCUUUUCAUCUCUGUUGGAUUGUUGCUUCUUUUCCUAACUCUGUUUCAGGGAAAACAAACACAGCAGCAGUCGUAGGUGUUCGUUCGUCCUCUGUUAUUUUGCAUGUGAAGUCAUGAAUCGUGACAUGACUCCGGUCUCUGAGUAACUCUGCAGGUUGACUCCUGUUGCCCGGUAACAUGUCAGACAACAGUUUUCAUUUAAGAUUCAGAUUUCACUCCGGUUUCAGUCCACAAACUGUUGUUGAACAGUUAUCUUUGCUCACUCCAUCAUGUUUGUAGAACAAUCUGCAUGUUAAAUCUGCAGCUCUUCUCCACAGCUGUAUGUCCAGCGUGUCUCUUUAUCAUGUUUACUUGUUUUUUUUGACUUUUUCAAUGAUGCUCAUGUCAUUUUGUAAUAAAAGAAAUUUGUUGAUUCUCAGAAGGAAAAUUCAUGAACAGUAAUUAUC